CCCGGGGAAGGGGCCCAGGACCUGGACAGGGGGCUGCGGAAGAGGACCUACUCCUUGACCACACCUGCCCGGCAGCGGCCAGUGCCCCAGCCCUCCUCUGCCUCCCUGGAUGAGUACACACUCAUGCGGGCCAACUUCUCGGGCAGCUCGGGACGCCUCUGCCCAUCCUGCCCCGCGUCUUCCCCGAAGGGGGCCUACCACCCCUACCCCGAAGACUACGGGGACAUCGAAAUCGGGUCCCACCGGAGUUCCAGCAGCAACCUGGGGGCGGACGACGGCUACAUGCCCAUGACCCCUGGCGCAGCCCUCGUGGGCGGGGGCAGCUGCAGGAGUGACGACUAUCUGCCCAUGGGCCCCAGCAGCGUGUCCGCCCCCAAGCAGAUCCUGCAGCCUCGUGCUGCCCCUACAGCCUUGCCCCCCGCCGGAGCUGCGGGACCUGAUCCCGCAUCUGCAGCGGGCAGGGCCUUUCCGGUGCACGGGGGCGGCCAGAAGGCGGGCUCCCCGGCAGAGAGCUCCCCGGAGGACAGUGGCUACAUGCGCAUGUGGUGUGGCUCAAAGCUGUCGGUGGAGAACGCGGACGGCAAGCUUGCCAAUGGGGACUACCUCAAUAUGUCCCCCAGCGACGCGGGCACCUCCGGGACCCCGCCCGACUUCUUCCCGGCAGCCUUGCAUGGCGGGAGUGAGUCGCUCAGAGGGGCCCCCGGCUGCUGCUACAGCUCCCUGCCCCGCUCCUACAAGGCUCCCUACUGCGCGGAUGGCGACCAGUACGUGCUCAUGAGCUCCCCCGUGGGGCGGAUCCUGGAAGAACAGAGGCCGGAGCCGGCUGCCCCGGGGACCG